AUGCGCGUGGAGGUGCGCAUAGGCACGGAGGCAGUAGAGAGGGGGCUACAACCUUUAAGCAGGACUCUCUACCGCAGGCACAGAGACAGAAAGCGAAGCGACAGGGGCAGCUCCCAGCCCAGGCGAGGCGGUGGCGCUGCCGGACCGACUGGGGCCAGCGUUGCAGCCUCGGCUAACGAACGCCAGGAAUUUGGUGAACCGUGGUGGUGGCCCUUCUUCCAGGUAGUCAUACGACUGUUUAACUCCUAUACUUUGCCUAGCAUCCUUACGUGUUUAGCUGAUUUCCUUUUGGUACCUUUCUUCCAGACCCCCCUAAAGAAGACUAAUGCUCUCAUUGCACAGAAGGGAAUAACCUUCCUAAAUGCAUACGUUCCCAGUGCACUUUGCUGUCCCAGUCGAGCUAGCAUUUUAACAGGAAAAUAUCCACAUAAUCAUCAUGUUGUCAAUAACACUCUGGAAGGAAACUGUAGCAGCAAGUUGUGGCAGAAGAUUCAAGAACCAUACACCUUCCCAGCGCUGCUCAAAACUAUGUGUGGUUAUCAAACGUUCUUUGCUGGAAAGUAUUUGAAUGAGUACGGCGCAGAGGAUGCAGGGGGAGUAAGUCAUGUCCCUCCUGGAUGGAGUUUUUGGUAUGCUUUGGAGAAGAAUUCAAAGUACUACAACUAUACUCUUUCAGUAAACGGCAAAGCACGAAGGCAUGGUGAGAACUACAGUGUAGAUUACCUGACAGAUGUACUGGCCAACAUGUCAUUGGACUUCUUGGAGUAUAAAUCUAAUUUCGAACCUUUCUUUAUGAUGAUCUCAACCCCAGCACCACACUCCCCUUGGACAGCUGCUCCACAGUAUACGAAGAGUUUUCAGAAUGUCAGUGCACCAAGAAACAGCAACUUUAAUAUUCAUGGAAAGAAUAAGCACUGGUUAAUUCGACAAGCAAAGACUCCAAUGACUAACUCUUCAGUACAGUUUCUUGAUGAUGCUUAUAGAAAGCGGUGGCAAACUCUGCUGUCAGUAGAUGACCUGAUAGAGAAGUUAGUGAAGAAACUGGAACUGAAUGGAGAAUUGGACAACACGUACAUCUUUUACACAUCAGACAAUGGCUUCCACACUGGCCAGUUUUCUUUGCCAAUAGACAAACGUCAGCUGUAUGAAUUUGAUAUCAAAGUUCCAUUGCUAGUUCGAGGACCAGGGAUAAAACCAAAUCAGACAAACAAGAUGCUUGUUGCUAAUAUUGAUUUGGGUCCUACUAUUCUGGAUAUCGCAGGGUAUGACUUGAAUAAAACCCAGAUGGAUGGGAUGUCACUAUUGCCACUGUUGAGAGGAGACAAAAAUGUGACCUGGAGAUCAGACUUCUUGGUGGAGUACCAAGGAGAAGGAUACAACGGCAGUGAUCCUACCUGUCCUGGCCUAGGACCUGGAGUCACACACUGCUUCCCAGACUGUGUCUGUGAAGAUUCCUAUAACAACACAUAUGCUUGUGUAAGGACACUGUCAACUUCCUGGGAUCUGCAGUACUGUGAAUUUGAUGACCGGGAGGUGUUUGUGGAAGUGUAUAACUUGACUGCAGAUCCACACCAGAUCAAUAACAUUGCUAAAACAAUUGAUCAAGAAAUUUUAGAAAAGAUGAACUAUCGAUUAAUGAUGCUGCAGUCCUGUUCAGGAGCAACUUGCCGUACACCAGGUGUCUUCGAUCCCGGGUACAGGUUUGACCCACGGCUCAUGUUCAGCAAUCACGGUGUUCGGGCUCGGAGGUUUUCUGGACAGUCCUUAUAAGGCACUUAAGAGCCUCUUGCAGUCAGCUCCCACUGACCGGUUUCUCCAGUGGCUGCAGCAGGUCUGUCUCUGUAACUCGUUGAUUGCAGCUGGAAGACUUUUAAUGGGCUAUUCAAACCCUGUUUGGAAGAAAACCCCUUGUCUUUAGCUGGUUGCCUUGUGCAAUAUGUAUAUUUUACAGCUGAACUCUGACUAAAUCAUUAGACACAGCUAAUCUGUCUUGCUCAGAUAGUUGAUUACCACCUUUGUCUUUCAAGUACCUUUUCAUAUCACAGGCACAGAGGUGAACCUAUGCCUAUGAAUCUAAACAGUUUAUUUUGUUCUAAAAAACAAUAAAUGCAUAUUUGAUUUGGGUUAGAUAGGCAGGUGCUAUUGCACAGUAAUGCUCACCCAUAUUCAGUCUCAGACUUUCUUAAAAGCUAUGUUUAAUUCUAGGUUUCCUGUAUGCUGUUAAUGACAAGAGCAAACUAGCCCAAAAUAGCACAGGAAGGCAUUAGUCAAAACUGUAGGAUCUGACUAGCAAGUGUCUUGUGCAGAAUUAAAAUCUGUAUGCUAAAUAUUCUCUUUCAGCAAGACCACUUCAAAUGAGACCAAUGAAUUUUGGAGGACAGCUUUGGUAGCUUGCAAACAGGAAUGUAAUUUCAACCUCCUUCUAGUUUGAAAUGCUGGAAUGGGUUACUAUGUACUACUGGAAAAACUCUUAGGGUUUAAUAUAGGCUUCCUAGGGAGUUAGAGUGUUGAGACUAACAAGUAUUCAAAUAAGUGUGCCUGUGUUUUGAGCUAACUCUUAAGUCUGUUUUAAUUCAUGAAUGGAAGUAAUACUUUAAAAAAAAACCCAAACAAAACAAAAACAUGGAAAACCCCCCAACCAGGGCACCAUGGUAGAGCUGAUGUGUCUCUAACCUCCAAAUGUCUUGAAUUGUCUAACAUCUUAUGUUGAUUAGACUCUUAAAGGUAAAUUAUUUUGAAAGCAAACUAGCUAAAAAUAAGUCAUUGCUCACUAGAAGUUAGCCUAAGAGGGCUGUUUUAGGCAGUUUAAGUGCUUCAUAGUGUGUUGCUUUUUGGUUGAGACAUAACUACUUGGAAUCUGCAUCAGUGGCCUUCACACCAAAGGACAGCAUGUCAGCUGUCUGACCGCAGUAUGUUAUCCCUUGGUUUCCCUUUGGAAGGGUGAUAUUGUCUUUCCAACCUGCUGAUCAGGCUUGUCUGAAAUGAAGCCAUCACUUGCACCCAAACUUGAGUAUCUUUCUAAAUAUUGAAAAACACAGAAGCUUGCAUUAGCAUAUAACUUCUGUAGAGAUUCACUGGCAAAACACCUUCUAGAAACACUGAACUGUGCAUCUUUUGCAAGAUAAGUUCAUGUUGCUUGUGGGCAAAUCAACUGUGUUAUCAGGCAAGAUAAUCAUUCCCUUGUCAUACUGUGGCACAACUGUUUAGUUUUCAGUUAGUUAUUUCAGAUCUUUUACCCAAAUAGAGAGCAUGAUGAUUUCACCUUGUCACCUAAAACCUUCUACUUAAGUAAUCAUUAGGUAGGUGACAAAGUGUAACAUUUUCAAAACUGUGAAGGUGCAUACCCCAGUGCACCAAUCCACAAACUGGAUAUGAGCAAUGCUACAAUAAGUUGAACUUUCUUGGCUUUUGACUCUGUAGCACAGAAGCUGUCCUUCAUGUAGCUUAGAGUUGUAAACUUCUGGUGGUCUACAGGUUAGAUUUUAUACAGCUUUUGUCUCAAAUCUAACUCACUGUUUCCAAUCUCUAGAGUGACCAAAUAUUUGGAGAAAAAAAAAAAUCAUUUGAAAGAUAACCUCUCAGCUGGAGCAUCUGUAUAAAUGCAGAGGUUUUUGGAUAUUCAAACCACUUAGAUGCUUUCAAAUACUCAGGACUUUUUUUUUCCUCCACUGCACAGUAGCUUUAUCCUGUUCUUUGUUUCUCAAGCCUUAGUCUGCCCAUCAAUAACCUUCAGAGUCUGUUUUGUCUUCAAAAACAAAACCAAAGUUGUUUUCAUGCUCUCAAGUGUUUUCUUGCACACUGAAUUAAACCUAAGGUUCAUUUAUGUAGUGUUUUGCUCAGAUAAUUCUAGCAACUUAGACUUGUUCUUUGUUUAAACUUUAUUUUGGUAGCUGUGUGGAGGCUAGUGUGAAAUACAUUGCUGCACAUUAAACUCAACAGUUCUAUCAAAUCUAGGUCAUAUGUCAAGUUUCUACUUAAGUUUCAGUGCAAGAAAGGUGCAUUAUGUCGCUGCUUAAUAGAGAAAAAAAAAACUUCAGGUGUGUAACUCCAACACUAUCUUUUCUUAAAGUGAUCUUAAGCCAUAAGAAGGAAAUCUCUUGAUUUAUUUACUUCUUGCCUAAUAACUAAUAAGAAAGUUGACAGAACUGGUACAGAUUAUUCAGUAUGUGUGACCAGAUGUUUUACCCAAAUUAACACUUCUGCUGCCUGCACACACCUCUAAAGUGUUUAGUAAUUAGGCUCAAUAACUCUCACAUUCCAGGUCAGAGAACUACCCUAUACCUGAAAUCUGUCAUAGGUAGUAGAUGUUGUAUUAAAUUGAAAUUCAGAAUGAAAUUAGUCCUUACUUAACUGGAACAGUGGUUCGGGAAAAUAUCUGCUUCACUCUCACUUUUGAUAAAAACUUAAGAACUGUUCAGCAAAAGGUCGUAGUUGAAGGAAGAUCAGGAACCACCAGUUGCCUGCCUUCCAGUGCUUUUAGAGGAGUUUGUUACUUGUCAGCUGUUUCCAUGAAGCAGUUAAUUCUGAGUAUUUUUACAGCCUUAAAUGAACAGUGUUAAUUCUUUCCUUGAUGAUUAAAAAACCACUAUGAAGGAACUUUAACUCUUACCCAGAUCUACUUCCCAACUAAGUGAUUUUUAAAACUAAACAGUCUUCCUAGAUAUUCCAUUUCAGAUGCUAUUUGACCAUGGCUGUAUCAGUACCUUGUUACUGAAGGCAUUCAUGUUAAAUGAAAGAGCCUUACCAUGACAGAUUUUUAAAUGAAAGGGCCUUACUGGUACAGAGUUGGGUUUAGCUAAAAUGUGAUUUUUUUUUUUUAAUUUAUUUUAAAAUCAUUAUUAUCAAAAGCAGAGCUGUGAAUUUUAAUUAUCUAAUCUGAUAAAGUAGAUACUACUAUACAGGGAGAAAUACAGUUAAUAACUUUAUUACAAUUCUAAACCAAACCCCAUCCAGUACUGUCACUUGAGUUUAAGUGAAUACCCCUAGGAUGUGCUUACCCAUCUAGGCCCAGUAAAUUGAGCUUCUUCAUUUUGAGGAAUAAAGCUGUAAAAGGAACACAUACAUGCAAACACACCCAAAGCAGGUAUAAUACCUUCUCAAUCGAGUUAAAUUUAAGACUGAUUCUACAAGUCAUACAAUAUUUCAUUGUAAUAAGCCAGCUGUCAUUUAUUGUUAUUCAAUUAAAAUUAAUUUUUUUGUAUUACUCUCUCUGUAUGUGAGCAUACUUUGCUGUAGCAUGUUGUGAGCACACUUCUGCUGUUUUGAACGUUUGUUUAGAAAAGUGCCCUUCCAGAGGACCCUGUUCACUGCUGCACUUUUGGGAAAUGAAAAAAUAAACUGCCUAUCAAACUUC